AAAUAGGAAUAGGGUUUGCAUGCAGAAUCCUUCCGUACGCCCUAUAAAUUCGGAAGAACCCUCCUCCCUCCCCCUCUCUCACUACUCUUACUUGAAAACAAUCUCUCUCUCUCUUUCUCUCUAAAAACAGAGGUGAGAGAAGUUGCUUAAUUAAUUGCUUUUCUCUGGUUUCUGAUUUGAGUUUCUAAUGAGUCCUGCGAAGAUCGACAAUCCGGCUAGCCGGCUAGCCUCCUUCGCCAAGAGGCGCGCGAGCUUGUUCAAGAAGGCACACGAACUCGCCGUUCUUUGCGGUGCUGAAGUCGCCGUUAUCAUCUUUUCCGCUGAUGGCAAACUCUAUGAAUUUGCUAGUUCCAGCAUGCAGAAAAUUCUAACCAAAUUCAAGAUGUGCAAGGAGCUUGGCAUUCGUGCUGCAAUGCAGUCGACACCAGAAAACCCUGACGAAGAGGUGCAGAAGGAGGCUGGUGUUAGGAAAUUUCUGGGUAAGGACUUAGCGCAGAUGAGCUCACAGGAAUUAUCUGAGCUUGACGAUAAAUUAAUCAAAGGGCUGUUGUUCAUAAAGGAUACAAAGCUGCAACUGUUGAAGGAUGAAGUGGAAAAAUCAAGAAUGCAGGAACUGCAGGUUGUGCAGAAAAACCAGAUGUUGCUGAGACAGGUUGAAGAGCUUAAAGGCUCCGUUGCACGAUUAGUUUAUGAUCCAGUGCCAGUUUCUGUUUGCUUAUCUGCAAUGGAAGGCGAUAGGGAAUUUCUUCCAUCUACCAGUUCUGCUGCCAUCACUAGUAGCCCUGAAACAGAAAGCAACAACUUGCAAGAUGCAACAGAUAUAGCAGCCCUCCCGUUAACCAUUUGCGCAGCACCUACAAGCAUUAAUUCCAGCCCUUCAACGCCUGCUGAUCCAUCAUCAACCAGUUUUGGAGCACCACUUGCUAUAUUGACAACGGCAUUCAGCUCUCGCUCUGGCUACCACACGGAUCACAGAGUGGAACUUGUUUGAGCUGAGGAAACUACAUAUAACAUGCUAGUGCAUUAUUGGGCGUUAAAUAGAUGAUAUAUGUACAUAUUUUUCUUUUCAACUAUGGAGCUAUCUUUCUUAGUACAUUUACCUCCAUCAAUUUUUAUGGCCCUCUCCUAAUUGUGAUGAAUAUAUUCUAAUUAGAAUGAAAGCACCUUGCAGUUGCAGAGAUGUACACAAGUUUUUGACGUUUUAUAUUUACCAAUACAAGUUACACAGAAAAGGUUAAAAUCAACUACUAGUUACAAACUUUAUGAUUUUUGAUGUCGCUGAAUAUAUGGACAAACUAGUUAAUUCCCAACUUGAAAAAAUAAAGUUGAAUUGGGGUAUGUUUCUAUUCUGGAAACCUAAUGUUUCCGAGCAACUGAUUCCUUGCGUUCAAAACUCGAGAGAAGAGAUGAUCAUUUUGGUUGUGUAUCCCUUGUAGCAAAUCCUCCAUCACCUUCAAUCUCCUCUUCACCUCCUCCACGGGUUGAUCGCCAACCGCCAUUUUCACCUCGAUCACCUCUCGGUAGAACCUCGAAUCCACGUCCUUCAACAACGGAUCGUCUAAUCCUCCUGCGUUUCUCCUCAUCUCCAAGUAGGGCUCGGCGUCACCGCACAAGCCGGACACCACCAAACCCAGCGCCAAUAAUCCCAAUUUCCUGCACAAAAUUAGGGCUUCGAGAAGCACGUGUUCCUGCCGGGAGCACGCCGCGCGCUCUCCCAGCCUGACGACCGGCCUCUCGAGCUUCAGUUUCGGCGGCGUCGCGGCGAGGUGGAGGUGGUGGGGCGCGGACGGCGGCGAUUUGUUGAGGGCGUGGAGAAGGAGCAUUUUGGCGUGGGUGAGAUCGGAGAUGGACGAGGUGACGGCGUUGGAGAGGCUGAGCAAGUCGGAAGUGUAGGUGAGAUACUCGUCGGUGAGGGCAGCGCCCCACUGCGGCAUCGGGUAGUCGAUCUGGAUGGCUAGCUCCGCCAAGGCUGUGUUGGUUGCGUGGAUCAGAUGGAAGCAUUUGUUGAAGCCUCGGAGCGAGAGCAGCUCCGAUCCCGGCAGCAGGAUCCCGGCGAUGAAUUCCGAGAUUUCAGAUCGGAAAUCGGCGAGGGCAGCGGAGUUGAGGUGGCGAUCCAGCGGGCUGGAUGGGAAUUUGAGGGAACGGCCCAGCUUUUCUACUGAUAGCAGCAUUUGAUGGU